AGUGGCGUGGCAGCCCUGAGCUGCACCGACUGCAGCGCCAGCAGCACCUCGUCGAGCGACAUCACCGAGCCCGGCUCCCCCUUCAGCACCGCCUCCACGCAUUCCGAGGACUCGGGCUCGGCUAAGAUGCCGCCCACGCCGCCCCAAGUCGCCCAUCACCCGCCCUGGCCGUGGACCGCAGAAGGGCCGCCGCCCGCCAAGAAGGCGGCCUUCCUGCCCGAACAGACGAUACGCCUGCCCACACAGAAGGAGAAUACUAGUUCCCCCCCGCACUACGUCAGAAUCGUCCCUAGCACGAACAACAAUCGGGCGAAGAAGUUCGAAGCCAACAAGCUGCAACAAGGCAAGAUCACGGAGUACUUCAAGUCGCAGGUGCGACUGAACGGCAUCAGAAAGGACCUCUUCCAGUACAACAAGAAACCUGCCUCUUCCAAAGCCACCGUCGACCAGCAAACGCAGUACAGCGUGAAAAGUCGCAAGGAAAUGAGGAAACCCCCAAGCGUUCGCAAAGGAGUGCAAUCGAAACUGAAGAAGUCUCCGGUACCUAGAAAGAUUCUGCCGGCUCCCAGCAACAUGCCCGAGAAGAUAUCCAUCAACGAUCAGUUGAACAACAUUGCCAAGUACUCGCCUACGGUCACCCUUACUGCUCUGAGCUUUCCCUCCAACUACACUUAUCUACACGCGAAAACACCGAAACCUCCCGACGCUAGUCCUAUCUUCGUGCCGCAGUUCACUGCCAUCCCCAACGACAAAAUGCCCCUGCUCACCGCUAUAAACAACUUCAAUUGUGUCAAAUUAAAUGCGACGGUAGUGCCUAUCGUCAAAGUCAACGCGUUGCCUUCGAGAUUGAACGGGUCUGCCAACUUGACGAAUCUGAACGCUCCAAACAUCAUACCAAAUGUAGCCUUAAGCGUGGAGACCGCGGUGCCUACCGUGCUCACAGCCAAACCGAGGCUGAACAAAAGCAAUAUCCUGCCUGAAAGUUUCCCCCUCACCACUUUUUCGACGCCGAAGGUGAAAAGUUCGAGUAGUCCUGCAGUUUGCCGGGUUGAGGAGAGUUCAAGGACAGAGGAGCCGCAUAGGAAGGAGGAUGUGUCGCGGAAAGAUGACUCUUCUCCUACGCCGACCGAUUCCGAUAGCGGGAUAUCGAAUAAAGAGUGCUUGGAAGUUAGUAUUAGUGAUAUUGUGGUACUCGAUGAACAGAAGUCUCCGAUCCUUUCGAAGCCGAAGACGAUCAGGUUUCCGGCCAAGCAGGUCGAUAAGGAUGAGGGAAAAUCGCCGCAGCAGUCUGCGGACGGUUUGUGUAGAUGGGCCGAUUGCGAUUGUCGAUUUGAUACCAGUGGGGCCUUAUUAGAACAUCUACAGGUUAAACAUGUGAUAUCUCAAACAACACAAGAACACUAUGUGUGCUUGUGGUUAGGCUGUAAGGUGCAUGGAAGAACUUCGUGCUCAAGGUCAUGGUUGGAAAGACAUGUCUUGGCCCAUGCUGGGACAAAGCCGUUUCGUUGUAUAGUUGAAGGAUGUGGCCAAAGAUUCAAUUCACAAUUGAUGUUGGAGAGACACGUCAACAGUCAUUUCAACUCAGACGGCAGUCCGAACACCACUGUGAAAAAGUCACCUGAAAGUGGAUCCUGCAAGCUGUUCAAGAGGAAUGGAAAACGGAUAAGGUUCAGGAGACAGCCUUGGUCAGCACGCAUGUUCGAUUUCAUCGACCCCGGUAUAAUGGAGGGCCUUCAGCACAAUCUUCUCAUGUCGACGCAGAAAAGAACGUUAGGAAAAAUAAGCGACACUGGUGAUACAGUCCAUUUAAGAAGCGAAGUUUUAGCUAGACGAGUAGAAAACGAUGGUAGCAUUAAAUACUUGCUCAGGUGGCAUCCUGCAGACGUCGCUCCCGACGAAUGGGUGCUGGAAAAAGAGUACAAACCGACUAGAAUAGUAUCGAUACCACAUUUGGAUCCGUCAUCGAAAGAUGCUCUCAGGCCUUCAUUGUUUCCAUCACAACCUAGGCGAAAGCAUCAUCGUAAACCCAUUUCAAAGCAAACGUGA